AUGGCGACCACAGAGACAGCUCCCACAAACUUCGAGAAGGACACCGCCCACACGACUGGCUCACAGGGCGUCAACGGUGGCAACCAGCCGGUCCCCCGUGCCUAUGACUAUGGCGGCAACCCCAACGUCCACGCACACGCCGGCCAGGAUGCUCGCCUUCCCGCCUUCGGUGGUGAGUUCCAGCCCGGUCUCUACAGAGCCAUUGAGGGCCGCAAGUUCGCCAAUCCUGCUCCUCUCGGCCUGAGCGCCUUCGCCCUGACCACCUUCGUCCUGUCCGCCGUCAACCUGCAGACCCGUGGCAUUACUGUCCCCAACAUUGCCGUCCCCCUGGCCUUUGGCUAUGGCGGUGUUGUCCAGCUGCUUGCUGGCAUGUGGGAGAUGGCUGUUGGAAACACAUUCGGUGCCACGGCGCUGUCAUCCUAUGGUGGCUUCUGGAUUGCCUACGCCCUGGUCCUGACUCCCAGCCUGGGUGUUGUCGAUGCCUACGCCGAGGUGCCCGGCUCGGUCAACUCUGCGCUCGGCUUCUUCCUGACCGGCUGGUUCAUCUUCACGACGAUUCUGCUGCUCUGCACUCUGCGCUCGACCGUCAUGUUCUUCAUGCUCUUCUUCACGCUGGAUCUGGCCUUCCUGAUGCUGGCCUGCGGCGAGUAUGCCAACAACAACGGCGCCAAGCAUGCCGGUGUCCAGCUCGCCAAGGCCGGUGGUGGCUUCGGUAUGCUGGCCGCGUUCUUGGCGUGGUACAAUGCCUUUGCCGGUAUUGCUGAUACCAGUAACUCCUUCUUCCUCAUCCCCGUCUUCCACUUCCCAUGGAGCGAGAAGGGUCGGGAGGCCCGCAUGGCCAAGACGGAGCGCGAGACGGUCUAA